GGAGGGCUCGGAGCUUUGUGACGUCCCGCGGGGCGGGGCGGGGCGGGCGCGCCCGGACGGACCGACGGACCGACGGACCGACGGACCGAUCGUGCGGCGGCGGCGGGCCUCAUGCGGGAGCGCUGCCCCGGCGCCCCGGAGCGGGUGAGCGCGCGCACGGCCCGCCGGCCGCGGGAUGGACGCGCAGGGCCUGGACUGGCUCCUGGGCCCGCUGCGCCGGCUGCUGUCCUGGGCGGCCGCGGGGGCCAUGGUCUUCGGCGGGGUGGUGCCCUACAUCCCGCAGUACCGGGACAUCCGCAGGACGCAGAACGCAGAGGGCUUCUCCACCUACGUGUGCCUCAUGCUGCUGGUGGCCAACAUCCUGCGCAUCCUCUUCUGGUUCGGCCGGCGCUUCGAGGCCCCGCUGCUGUGCCAGAGUGUGGUGAUGAUCCUCACCAUGCUCUUCAUGCUGAAGCUCUGCACCGAGGUCCGCGUGGCCACCGAGCUGAGCGCCCGGCGCCGCUUCUUCUCAGCUGCAGACAAUAAGGAUGAAGAUAUCAAAGUCCCCCCCCGGCGCUCCUACCUGGACUUCGACCCUCACCACUUCUGGCACUGGAGCAGUUUUGGGGACUACGUGCAGUGCGUCUUGGCCUUCACAGGUGUGGCGGGCUAUGUCACGUACCUGUCCAUUGACUCGGUCCUGUUUGUGGAGACGCUGGGCUUCCUGGCCGUGCUGACUGAGGCCAUGCUGGGCGUGCCGCAGCUCUACCGUAACCACCGCCACCGGUCCACGGAGGGCAUGAGCAUCAAGAUGGUGGCCAUGUGGACGAGCGGCGACACCUUCAAGACGGCCUACUUCCUGCUGAAGGGUGCCCCCCUGCAGUUCUCCGUGUGUGGCCUGCUGCAGGUGCUGGUGGACUUGGCCAUCCUGGGGCAGGUUUACGCUUUCGCCCGCCACCCCCCGAAGCCGGCCCUCCAUGCCGUGCACCCCACCAGUGCCAAGGCCCUCUAGGGCUGGCCAGUGCCAGCACGGAUGACCACGGCUCGGCCGGGCCACCAACCUUUGGUGUGGGGCCGGUGGGCACCACCAGCCCCUGGUGUCCUGGCUGUCGGGGUCUCCACAAGCCUGGGUGCCCAGGAGGCAGCGAGGACCUGGCCAGGCCUGUGUGCGUCCCCCGGACCAGGCUGAAGGGCUUGCACCUCAGGGCUGGGCUGCUCUUGAUCCCGAGGUGCCAGUAAAGCCUCCAUCACAGCCUCCGAGCCUGGCCAGAGCAGAACCUGCUUACAUGGCCUGGAGGAGGGGUGGACACUGCAGACACAGGUCUCAAGAGAUACUGGCUGGCCCAGCCAUCACCUCAUCUUAGUGCCAGGAAGUGUUCUGGUGGGUCUGAUGGUGCAGUUCAGGGACAGUUUCUGGAGAAGCUUGGGGGCUCAGAGGUCCGAGAGGGCCCCUAGAGGGGACACCUGGGGAGAGCAUGUGGCCACGGUGAUGAGGAGGCAGUGAAGCACAGCUGGUAUCAGAGGUGCAGGCUGUACCUGUGGCUCACAGCAGGCUACACCCACUCUUCCGCUGCCCCCCAGGGAGGGGUGUGGCAGACCCAGGUUUGGGGGUGCAGGCACCCCCCACAGGCUCCCUAGCUGGUGUCCUCAUGCAGGGAUGCUGAGUGGCCCAUCUUCCAGGAGAUGGUGAACAGGCCAGGCGGGUGCUGCUGGAGCACCCACACUGGCCCUUGGAGUUACAGGCUUGGAGCUACCUGCAUGGUGGGUGCAGGGGUCUCGCCCAGCCCCCAAACAGGGCCCCCACACUGGCUGUGAGGGACUGUGUGACCCUGCAACCAUGGGAGCUACCUCUCCGCUAACACGAGCACCCGGCUGUGCCCGCGGCUGUGUUGCAGACGCUCUGGCAUUCUGCCUUCUGCGGGCACGGGGUAGGGCAGCACCACCUGGGGCUGCUGUCAGGGAAGACCCCGAGCCUUUUCCUCUCUGCAUUUCCUUGAACCUCCUGAUGUCCGGACGAGGGCUGUGCUUGGUGCUCUGGCCUGGAAGCUGCUUUGAAGUGUCUGUGGAAUGGACGGUGCCAUCGGUGGCACCCAUGUUCCAAACCAAACUGUCACAGAGCGGCAGUGGUAGCCGGUGUGGCGGCAUCACGCCCGCUCAUGUGGCAGCUUCUGAUCAAUAAACUGCUUCAGGAUCCA